AAACGAUCAAAUGCAUUUCGUUAAACAUUUGGAUUUGGCCAAUUUAAACGCUGAAAGACGCCGAAAGAAGCAUCGAAAAGCGGGGAACAUGACUUUUGGUGGAAACCAUGAGCAAAGCCAAUGAAGAGGUAUUUGAAAAGGUCAGCAAUACACCAACAAAAACCAAACACACACGAUCGGGGAGAGAGCAGAGCAUAUGGAGAGAAAACCUUGCUUAAGUUCAAGUUCAACGAGCUGCACGGCACGGCACGGUGUAUUUGUUUUUAGUCGCCCAACCUCAAGCCCAGAGACGUGGCCGGUGACCGGUGGCCGGCGGCUGCGUGAGAGAUUGCAACAGUGGAUGCAAUGAUUCCAUAUAAAGAAUGCGACAAUUGAAGCUGCGGCUAGUAGUAGCCACAAAGGCAGACACGAAAGCAGACAGCGAUCCGAACCGAUCCAAAUCAAAGAGAAAAUUAUGCGCCAACUGAUAACCCUGCUGGGCCUGGCCCUGGUGCUGGCGCUGGCCGUAGCCUUUGUGCAGGCUGCUCCUGUUGAGGUUGUCUAUACGGGCGAGAGCUGCGCCUGUCCCACCCAGCUGGGCUAUCAGCUGAAUGUGCCCAAUCCGCCCAAGCCAAAGAAGUACGGAGCCAGCGAGUACGGCUACCGUGUGGAAAAGCCGGUGCAAACCAAGGCAAAGAUUAGCUACAGCUUCGACUUCACCGUCGAACAGCCACGGACACCGCCGCCGCCGAAGUAUCCGGAAUCGAAGCUCUACGCCAAAGUGGAUCGGGUGACGGUCAACAAAGGAGAUUGUGCUGCCAAGCAUACGUCCAGCUGCAGUUGCACCAGCUGCUCCAGCCCCAAGCCAAGGUAUGUAGUAGCCACAGGCCAAAGGUCUCCCAAUGCCAUACGUCGUCGUCGUGAGCUGCGCACGCCUGGCUCUUUGAUUCGCAGGCGGCUAAUGCGCCAGCAACAGCUGCAGGAGCGUCCACAGCGCUAUGUCAAGCUCUAUCACAAGGAUUUGACUGCCCAGCAGCAGCAGAAACAGAAACUCUUUGGGCUGCGGCAGGCGGAGGAGCAAGCCUCGAGUUCCAAAACGAAGCGAAAGACCAAGAAAACUCCAGCUGGCGGCUGGUUGGGUUUGGGCAGGCGACUGCGCAAGCGUGAUAUCAAAGGAGAGUUCGAUCUGCUGGAGCGGGAACGUGCCCAGAUUGACUUGACGGCGCCGGAGAUAAUACAGUUUAUGCCGGAGACGCUCAAUCCCAACUUCCAGCCGGGUCAGUGUCACAUGGGUUGUGGUGCUGUGACGGCAGUUGGUCCACCUCCUCCUGCACCACCAACUCCUGCUACCGAAGCGGCUGAAGAUCAAACAGAACUGCCCAUGGCAAUGCCAAUGGAAGAGCAGAACAACAUACCAUCCAAGCGCUCUGCGUUUGGUUACUAUCCGCUACAGAUACCCUCACCGUUGGGUCUGCCACAGGAUGACUUCAAGUACGUGGAUGACUCGCAGCUACGCAGUCUGCUGUCGACGACGUCGGUGCCAGAUCCGCUGGAGCGGGGCUCCACACCGCUGCAGUUUGCCGGAGACUUGGAGUCGGUGACGCGGCGUGGGUAUGCAUCUCCGCUGCAGAACUUUGGCGGUGGCUAUCCCGUGGAGCAUGUCUCCGACUCACAACUGAACAGACUCAUCUCGGAGAUUGUCUAUCCGCAUCCACAUUAUAUGGAGUCGAGCACACACUACCCGGAGCCCAAUCAGAAGCGCCAAACAACGGACUUCCUCAAGAAGCUCAUCGACGGACGCCUCGGCGGCUGGGGCUUCGAGUCAACCACCGAACCGGAGCAUGCCAUACACGCAGAUUACUCCACGGCGCCGGCCAAGACCUAUGGCUACAAUAGUCAUGUCCAGAAUGGCUACAGCGUUGACACCUACAACGUGCCACCCAUUUCUGAGUAUCUGCGAGCCUGGUUCUAGGCUCUGGUACCCUCCCCCGCAAGUCCCAGAGAGUGAUCUUUAGCUUAUGUCUAAUUUACAUUUGUAGUUCCCUAAGAAGCAAGUUCCCCCACCCCAACACCCCCACAACAACAACAACAAAAUGAAUAUAAUAAACUGAAAAUGAUGUUG